AUGGGGGCUGUUGGCCCGGGCUUACUUGUUCUCCCUGGGGCUCAGGAAUCACAGCUCCUCCAGCCCCCAGGGCCUCUUGGGCCACUGACCCCUCUGCAGUGGGAUGAAGACCAACAGCUGGGCGACCUGAAGCAGUUGCUAAGCCGGCUGUGUGGCCUCCUCUUGGAAGAGGGGGGCCACCCCGGGGCACCAGCCAAGCCUGUGGACUUAGGCCCCAUGGAGGCCCCAGGUCCCCUGGCACCGGUCCCAAGCACAGUUUGUCCACUGAGGAGGAAACUCUGGCAGAAUUAUCGCAAUCUGACCUUUGAUCCAAUCAGCGCCAACCGUCACUUCUAUCUGUCGCGCCAGGACCAGCAGGUGAAGCACUGCCGUCAGUCCCAGGGCCCAGGCAGGCCCGGCAGAUUCGAGCUCUGGCAGGUGCAGUGUACCCAGAGUUUCCAGGCCGGGCACCACUACUGGGAGGUGCGCGCGUCAGACCACUCAGUGACACUGGGCGUCUCCUACCCGCAACUGUCACGGUGCAGGGUGGGGCCCCACACAGACAACAUUGGCCGAGGACCCUGCUCCUGGGGGCUCUGCGUCCAGGGGGACAGCCUCCAGGCCUGGCACAACGGGCAGGCCCAGCGCCUCCCAGGGGUGUCAGGGCGGCUCCUGGGCAUGGAUUUGGACCUGGCCUCAGGCUGCCUCACCUUCUACAGCCUGGAGCCCCAGACCCAGCCCCUGUACACCUUCCACGCCCUCUUCAACCAGCCCCUCACCCCCGUCUUCUGGCUCCUUGAGGGUAGGACCCUGACCCUGUGCCAUCAGCCAGGGGCUGUGUUCCCUCCGGGGCCCCAGGAAGGGGUGCUCAGCUGAAGAAGGCAUGGGAUGGAGCCCUGGCAUAGCUGCCACCAUGCCUGCGCGCCCAAGAGCUGCCCAGCUCCAGCUCGGAGACUGGAGGACUAGCUGUUGGCCUCUCUGUUAACUCAGAAAGAGAUUGGAGGUGGGGGUAGGUGAGCAUAAACCCAGAGUUCACUGUUCCAGCCUCUUUGAAGGGGACACGGUCUAGGAGGGGGAUAAAUGGGAUGCCCUUGCCCCAAACAGAACCCAGUUCUAGGUACUGCCUGGGCCUGGGAGGCUAGAGCAGUGCCCAGGGGACUUCUGGGCUUACAGGACAGCGUGUGUGACAAAAUUCAGAUCCAUCUGAACUUGCCUCUGGAGAUGAUAAGGGC